GGUUGGUACGAAACACAGUUUGACUUGAGGAAGAAGCAGUUGCAGCAAAGUCAGUGAGAACUAUCCUUCAAGAUGGGGUUGCAAGAGAAGCUGGAGAAGUGUGAAUCAACGCUAUCGAGCAUUGCAGCAAGCAAGCCUGCUGCAACCCAAAAGUCAUCUUCAACCCCAACAGCAGCUGCACUUGCUGCUGCCUCAGCCAAUGGAAGGAGCAACAUAGCAGCCCCUGCUGUCAAAUUCUCCAAUGAUACAGAGAGGCUUCAGCAUAUUAACAGCAUACGCAAAUCCCCUGUCGGUGCUCAGAUGAAGCGUGUAAUCCAUCUCCUGUAUGAGACCCGGCAGGCUUUGACGCCAGAGCAAAUAAAUGAAGCUUGCUAUGUUGAUAUGAAGGCUAAUAAAGAUGUUUUUGACAAUCUGAGGAAAAACCCGAAAGUAAAUUAUGAUGGGCAAUGUUUCUCUUACAAGUCAAAGCAUAACCUUAAGGACAAAAUUCAGCUUCUUCACCUGAUACGUAAGUUUCCAGAGGGCAUUGCCGUUAUUGAUCUAAAGGAUUCUUACCCAACUGUGAUGGAAGACAUGCAGGCUUUGAAAGCUGUGAGGCAGAUUUGGCUGCUAUCGAAUUUUGAUUCACAGGAAGACAUUGCGUACCCCAAUGACCCCAGAGUGCCCAUUAAGGUGGAUGAUGACCUUAAACAGCUCUUCCGUAAUAUCGAAUUACCCCGCGAUAUGAUAGAUAUAGAGAAGGAUCUUCAGAAGAAUGGAAUGAAGCCUGCUACCAACACUGCAAAGAGGAGGAGUGCAGCACAAAUUCAAGGCAUCUCUCCCAAGCCAAAGGUUAAGAAAUCUAGGCGAGAAAUCAACAGCAGGACCAAGCUCACCAAUGCCCAUCUUCCAGAGCUUUUCCAGAAAUUGAUUAAUUGAACAAUUCAUGAUGCAAGGAACUCAUAGUAACAGCAAGAAUUGGAUAAGUUGACAUAGACUGUUUGUUAGUCUAAUUAGACUGUACAAUAGAUAGCAGACAUGGUUUAGUAGAGUAAAAUUUAUAUAGGAGCUUCUUGUACUCUGUCCUGCUCUUGACUUUAGUUUUCCGUAGGCCACAGACCAUUUGAUGAAUUAUAACCGCUGUAUAGUAAGUCUGAACUGACAUUUCAUUCACACAAUAAUUCAGAGUGACAAUUUACUUUAA